AAUGCAAGAUUAAGGACAAAAAGAGGAAGAAGAAGAACCAACCAUAAAAGAAGCUGACCAGGGAGAGGAAUAAUUAGAAGAAAUGGGCAGGUUUGUGUGGGGAUGUCUUGUGUUUUGUUUUGUUUUGUUCAUGACUGUGCCUGGAGCCCUUUCCUGGAGCAAAGAGGGUCACAUGAUGACUUGCAGAAUUGCACAGUCACUGCUAGAGGCAGAGGCAGAAGAAGCAGUGAAGAAUUUGUUGCCAGAUUACGUGAAGGGAGACUUAUCAGAACUGUGCGUAUGGCCAGACCAGAUCAGGCAUUGGUACAAGUACAGGUGGACCAGCCCUCUUCACUUCAUCGACACUCCUGACAAUAAAUGUUCUUUUGAUUAUUCCAGGGAUUGCCAUGAUUCCAAUGAUGUGCAGGACAUGUGUGUUGCUGGCGCCGUCCAGAAUUUCACUUCUCAGCUUCUGCACUAUAAAGAAGGAACGGGUGAUCGUCGAAAUAAUAUAACUGAGGCCUUGUUGUUCUUGUCUCACUUUAUGGGCGAUAUUCAUCAGCCAAUGCACGUUGGAUUCACAAGUGACGAAGGAGGAAACACUAUAGAUCUCCGCUGGUUCAGGCACAAAUCCAAUCUCCACCAUGUGUGGGACAAGGAGAUCAUUGCCACUGCUUUAAAAGACUAUUAUGAAAAAGAUUUCAACCUCCUAUUGGAAGACAUAGAGGGGAACUACACAGAUGGUAUCUGGUCAGAUGAUGUUCAAUCUUGGAGUCACUGCAAAGAUCUCUCCAGCUGUGUCAAUAGCUGGGCAAAAGAGAGUAUACAAAUAGCCUGCAAAUGGGGUUACAAAGGGGUUGAAUCUGGCAUGACUCUAGCAGAUGAUUACUUCAACUCGAGAAUGCCUUUGGUGAUGAAACGAAUAGCUCAAGGUGGGAUUCGAUUGGCCAUGAUUCUGAACCAGGUGUUUGGAGACUCUAAGGAAGGUUUUGCAGCUGCAACUUAAGAACUCUAACGACACCACACAUAGGGGGACUGCAAAAACUAGCUGUCUAACCUUAUUUAUAAUUAUGUCUUUAAUUUCCUUGUCGGGAAAAGGUAUGUUGUAUUCAUUCGCGGAUAAGAAAUUCAUGAAAAGAUCCAAUUCAUUUCGGUUGAUCAAAUAAGACCAUUAUUACCAUAGGCAACAAAGUUGUUGCCACAUUUUUAUGUCUAUUCUGUAUAAAGAGAUUAGUAUUGUGUUAUUAACCUUUGCCCAAGUU